GAAAAGGACGCAUUGAGAGAGCGUGACCCAGCUAGCCAGCUGUACACGGGGCUCCUUUUGGUCUUAACCUCUCUCCUCUCCCGAUAAAGAAAGAAGUAGCGACUAGCAAGCAACAAGAGACUCCUCAAAAACAAUGGCGAAGAAAGGUGUCCCCGAGUGGCUCAACAGUUCGCUCUGGUCCUCCUCUCCUUCUCCCAUCCCCGACGAUCGCCCUCUCCGCCCUCCUCCCGCCGCUGCCACCACCGUCCCUCCAUCUCCUCCGAUCGUCGAGCGUCCGUCUCCUUCUCCCUCCGCGAUUUCCACCGCACCAGCUCCGAUUCGUCCUCCUUCCAAAUCUGAGACCAACGAUUUGCAGAAUGGGAGCGGGGUAGAUGGACCUGGAAGCGUAACUCCCGCGGCUGAGGAUGUUUCCCGGAAGACGCAGGUCGUCGCUGAGUUGUCGAAGAAGGUGAUAGACUUAAAGGAAUUGAGGAAAAUCGCUUCACAAGGUCUACCUGAUGAUGCUGGCAUUCGCUCCCUCGUCUGGAAGCUUUUACUGGGCUAUCUUUCACCUGAUCGUUCCCUGUGGUCUUCUGAGUUAGCUAAGAAAAGGUCUCAGUACAAGCAAUUCAAAGAGGAGCUUCUUAUGAAUCCCUCUGAAGUAACUAGGAAGAUGGAGAAAUCAAAGGGUGGCGAUAGUAAUGAUCCCAAAAUCGAAGGCCCUGGUGCCCUUUCAAGGUCAGAGAUAACUCAUGAGGAUCAUCCCUUAAGUCUUGGAACAACAAGCUUAUGGAACAACUUUUUCAAGGACACGGAAGUCUUGGAACAGAUCGACCGUGAUGUGAUGCGUACGCAUCCAGACAUGCACUUUUUCUCUGGAGAUUCCCCGGUAGCAAAAUCUAAUCAGGAUGCUUUGAAGAACGUGUUGACUAUCUUUGCAAAGUUGAAUCCUGGCAUCAGAUAUGUACAAGGGAUGAAUGAGAUAUUGGCACCUAUCUUCUACAUCUUUAAAAAUGACCCAGAUAAAGGAAAUGCAGCGUAUGCUGAAGCAGAUGCAUUUUUCUGUUUUGUUGAAUUGAUGAGUGGGUUUCGAGAUAAUUUCUGUCAGCAACUUGAUAACAGUGUGGUGGGUAUACGUUACACUAUAACAAGGCUGUCCAUGCUCUUAAAGCAUCAUGAUGAAGAACUUUGGCGUCACCUAGAAGUCACAACUAAAAUAAACCCACAAUUCUAUGCGUUCAGAUGGAUCACACUCCUCUUAACUCAAGAGUUCAACUUCGUGGAAAGCCUUCACAUCUGGGACACACUCUUAAGCGACCCCGAAGGUCCACAGGAGACGCUACUUCGAGUAUGUUGUGCAAUGUUGAUAUUAGUACGACGGCGUCUGCUAGCUGGUGAUUUCACGUCGAACCUCAAACUUCUUCAAAACUAUCCUCCUACAAACAUCAGCCAUAUGCUCUAUGUCGCAGAUAAAUUGCGCUCUAAAUAAAAUAAAUAAAGAUGGUCAGGUUUUAACAAUCAUUCAGUCCCUUUCUCCUUGUUGUUUUGAAUUCAUAGACUCUGCAACUUUCUUUCUUCAUAUGUACAUGAUUGUGUAAGUUAACUGUAGCUGCCUGAGAAUAUCUCAGAUCAAACCUUGCUUCAAUGUUGAGACUUCUGAUGGUAAUGAUGUGUAACAGAUAUUAUAGAUAGAGAGUUUUUAGGAUUUGUCUUUUCUUAUAUUUUUUUUUCUUUGAUCA